AAAACAGAAGCAGAAGCAGCAGCAGAAGCAGCAGCAUCAUCAGAAUCAGCAUCAACGUCAGCGACAACGUCAAAUAGCAGCAAUUGAGGCAGCAGCAGCCGCAGCCACGCCCAUUGAAGAGCAAAUAGCAAACGCCUGCUGCAGUCGUGGAGCCCAAUUGCUGCGGCUGCGUCAACAGGAAUUACUAAAGCGACGCGCGCUCGAAUUGGAGGAUCAGUUGAACGGGAACAUUGAUAGCUGGGAGAGCGACGCCAAUAGCAGCGAGGAGGCCGAAGAGGGAGCGGUGGGUGGACAUCAGUCAGAGCAAACAGAGCAGCAGCAGGAGCAGCAGCARAAGCAACCAGAGCAACUGAAGCAGCAGCAGCAGCAACAACAGCGGCAGCAGCUCGAGCCGCAGCCGGAACGUGAGCCGCAGCCAGUCCAAUGAAAUUUACUCUCAUUUAAUGUUCAAUUGGCGCGCAGCAAGCUGCUCUCAUUCUUUAAUCGCGACAUGGCCGCCACCGAUGGCCAAAUCAUAUUGGCGGCAUCCCGUUUCGGUGAUGCCACGCCCGUUUAUUUGCGCGACUUUUCCAAACAGCCGCUGCCGGCGGUGGCCAAAAUACUUAAGGGGCAGCACCAGGCGCUGGGCGUGCCCACCCUUUCGGCGCCCUCGUUGCAGAGCACCGCGCUAUUCUUGAGCGCCGGCAAGAAAUAUCAGAUACUGGCGCAGCCCAUCAAGAUCAAAGAGGGACGCAAGCCCACCAAUGUGGGCGCUAAGGUGCUCAUACCGGAGACCUAUAACGGCUACUUCGAGCUGCUUAGCGAGGAUGGCCGUUCGACGCGCUGCAUCGACUCGGUGCUGGAGCUGGCGCGACGACGCAACGCUCGGGUCCUGGUGCGUGAGACGUUCCGUUGCCAGCAAUUGAAUCGCACCAUUCACGCCGGCGAACUGCUGACCACCAUGAACGACAACGGUAAAUUUCUGCAGUGCCGCAACAUCAAGGACGAGAUCAUCAAUCUGCCACUCGAUACCAAAGCCAAGUUCUCGCCGAUAGCGCGCGAGGACAGCAUCAGCGGUGUGCAUACGGUCAAGAAUCUGUUGCUCAAGCGUAUGCCAGUGAUUGUCAGACUCGUUCACGGCAGCGCGCCAAAGGGUCUGAAGCAGCCGUUUGUGCCGGAGCUGCGUCUGCUGGGCUGCGUGGAGAUCGAUCGGAUCUUUGCGCUGCCCCUGCAAAAGGAUACGGAUUUGGUGCCGGUGCCGUUGAAUGCGAAGAUCAAGCUGCAGCGUGCCAAGAACAUGGAGCAGCUGGAGCACUUCAUUGAGUAUACGCGCUUUCUGGACAAGGCGCAACGUUUGCUGGCCGAUGCGCGCGAUCGUCUGCAAGUUGUUGAUCUCAAGCUGAGCGAGAAGGAGAAGAAGGACUCCAAGUUCAGCAGCCGCAAUGGCAGCGGCAAUCGGCUGCCCAUUGUUAUGCUGCCAUCGGCCGCUGGCCUGGCCAGCGGCUGGAUGGAGAGCGGCUAUGUGUUGCGUAAGAGCGCCAGCUGUGAUUCGUGGUCCAAGCAGCAUCAGCUGCAGCAUCAACAGCAGCAGCAGCAGCAACAGCAGGCGCUCAAUAGCAACGACAUUGCCGAGGAGUACAACGAGAUUGAUCACAUCUAUGAUUAUGUGCGUGGCCUGACACCGCUCUCGAAGGGUUUGGCACGAUUCGAACCGAUUUGCGAAUCGCCUACGCUCAAAUCGCAUCAUACGGACAGCAGUGGCAAUGGCAACUAUUGCAGCCUGAUACGCGCACCGAUUCAGCAGCAGUCGAACAGCAACAACAACAACAACUACAGCAGUCUGGAGUCGAAUAAGCACAGCAGCAGCAAUGGCGGCAACACACAUCAUCAUCAAUAUCAUUUGCUGGUCAAUCACUAUCAUCAUAGCCAUAGGCAGGAGGAUAUUAAGCCCGUGCCGCCGCCCAUCGAGACGAUUCCGGGCAAGAAGCCAGCCGAGAAGCGACAGCGUCCCACACUACCAAAGCUUUACAUCAAGAAUGCGAAUGCGCAUAGCGCCGGCAGCAGCAGCAAUGGCAACUCCACUGGCGGCACCAGUCACAGUCACAGCCAUAGUCACAGUCACAGUCACAGUCACAGUCAGCAACAUUUGCCGCCAACGCCCAAUAACAACAGUAACAACAACAUCAACAACAACAACAACAACAAUACAGCUGCCAUUGUGGCUGCUGCAGCGAUCAAUGCACAUCAUGCUCACUCGCAUGGGCAUCCACACACACACACGCACGCACACCCCCAUCCACUGCCACAUCCACACCCACACCACGGCAAGGUGCUGACGCCCAACAAUCAUUUGCCUGUUAAGGAAUCGCUGGAGCCGCAGUCGCCGCUGUUUCAUAUCAGAUACAAGAGCCUGAGCAGCCUGCAGUUGACGCCCGAUAGCAAUACAGCGGCCAUGACGCCGCCGAUCUCAGCCAAGGCAGCGGCAGGAGGAACAGUUGACGCCUGCUCACAGACGCCGCCCGAUGUGGUGCUCAAGUGCAGCAGCAUACUGAAUACCCAUGGCUACCUACACAGUCACAGUCAGAGUCACAGUCACAGUCACAGCCGCAGCUCGAGCAGCAACAAUCAUCAUAAUCCGCGCGAGGGCACACUCGACUCAUCGCGCAGCGGGGGACGAACGUCGGGCGAUUCACAGAAGCAGCUGCCGGAGAAGAAGACGCGACGCUUGUCACGGCCGCGCAGCCUCUCCAAUUUGGUGUGGGAUCUGCGGCCGAGCAAGGAGAAGUCCAAGAAGAAGCUCUAUGUGCAUCAUUUCGAUCAGCGUCAACAGGCGACGCUCUAUCUAUAGGAAGUUAUGAUGAGGGAGAAGCAAACUGAAGUAAAGUGAAGUGAAGUGAAGUUGGAAGAAGAUUCGUUGCCAAAUCGUUUCGCUGCCAUCAACGACAAACCCACAGACAACAAACAACAACAACAACAACAACAAAACAAACAACAACAAGCAACAUUUAGAGCGCUGUGUGUGUUCCCGCAGCUUUCACCUAGAUUGUUUUCAAUUUUUUGUUUAGAGCUUGCAGCAGCAAUUUUUAAUUAAUAUUGAAUUGUGCCUUUCCCUGCGCCCAGAACUAUGCUUUAAACAACAACAAAGACAACCAAAUUCCAUUCAAAUAUUUUUCAAGAAUAUUUUGCCUGGAUGCACGAACGACAACUGAGAGCGAGACAGAGAGAGAGAGAGAGAGAGCGAGAGAGUGGGAGAGCGAGAGAGAUAGAGAGAGAGAGAGAGUACUAAAGCAGUUGAACCAAACAA